AUGUCUACCAAGUCUACCCAGUCCAUUGUGACGGACCCCGCUGCCUAUCACGCCGCCGGGGUCAUCUCCAACGGCCCUCUGCUGCACAUCUCCGGUCAACCAGGCACCUUAGCUGGCAAGGCCCCCUCCGAUGGCGUUUCGCAGAUUCAUCUGGCCUUGUUGAACCUGCACCGUGUCAUCGCCGCGGCCGGUGCGUCGCCGCGUGACAUUGUCAGCCUAACCCUCUACGUGGUCAACUACAAUGCGGCCAACCGUCUACACCCGAAGCCCCUGCAGACCUUCCUCGCUGGCCAUCUUCCUGCCGUGACCGUCGUGCCGGUUCCUGCUUUGGCCGUGCCGGAGUGGAAGUAUGAGAUCGCUGCAACCGUUGCAGUUCCCUCCCCCGCCGUUCCCCGCUCGCUGCCCUCGCCAACCGAUGCCGACGUCGACGUGCUCGUCAUCGGCGCAGGUCUCUCCGGUCUGGCAGCAGCCGAGUCGGUCCUCCAAUCCGGCCUAUCCUGUCUCAUCCUGGAGGGCCGUGACCGCGUGGGGGGGAAAACAUGGAGUGAGACCCUCCCCAGCGGCACCGGGGUGGUUGACCUGGGCGCCGCCUGGAUCAACGACACCAACCAGACCGAAAUGAUCGCCCUCGCACGACGCGCCGGCGUCGAGCUCAUCGAGCAGAACACCACCGGCAAUUGCCUGCUGGAACAGGACGACGGCCCUACGGUCCUCUUCCCCUACGGCCAAACCCCAUGCAUCACGCCGCAAAUCCAAACCGACCUCGACAACGUGCGCGAAAUGUGCGAGGCCGACUGCCAAGCGCUCUCCUGCAGCAACCCCGCCGACCCCGCCCUCGACGCGCUCUCCUUCUACGCCUACCUGCAAUCCCGCGACGUCCGCCCGGCCGCGUUAGCGUCUGCCUCCGUCUGGACGCGCGCCAUGCUCGGCCAAGAGCCCACGGACAUCUCGGCCCUCUACUUCCUGAACUACUGCCGCUCCGGCGGCGGCCUGAUCCAGAUGCGGUCCGACCGGCGGCACGGGGCGCAGUACCUGCGCGUCCGCGAGGGCACGCAGAGCUUCUCGAAGGCCAUGGCCGCCGACCUCCCAGCGAACACCAUCCACUUCGGGGAGCGCGUGGACGCCAUCCUCCAACAAAGUCCUGGAGCAGGCGGAUCAGUCGUCCUCUCUCGAACGGGCCGUGCCAUCCGCGCCAAGAAAGUGAUCUGCUCCGCCCCGACGCCAGUCCUCCAGACCAUCCAAUUCACCCCGCCACUCCCGCCCAAAAAGCAGCUGCUGGUCGACUCGUUCCGCUACGGCUACUACACCAAGGUGAUGCUGGUGUUCCGGUCGGCGUGGUGGGUCGAGCGCGGCUAUUGUGGGCUGGUCCAGUCGUUCAAGGGCCCCGCGUCCAUCUACCGGGACACCAGCAGCCCCCGCGAUGGCAAGUACGUGCUCACGGCGUUCCUGGCGGGCGAGAGUGGGCGCCAGUGGGCGCGGGAGAAGGACCCGCGGGCCCGGGAGCAGGCGCUGCUGCGCCAGUUGGGCCUGAUCUAUGAUGAGCCUGAUCUCCCGGCCAAUGAGUUUGUGGAGGCGCGAGGCCAUGAGUGGAGCACGGAGGAGUUGUCGGGCUGGGGCUGUCCGUGUCCGGCGCUGCCGCCGGGGGUAUUGACGCUGGCGGGUGACGCGUUGCGCGAGCCGGUCGGAAAUGUGCAUUUCGUGGGGACGGAGACGGCGGCGGAGUGGAAGGGAUAUAUGGAGGGGGCGGUGCGGAGUGGGCGGCGCGGCGCGAGGGAGGUGGUGCAGGGGUUGAAUCGGAGUCGACUGUGAUGGGAGAUGGUGGAUUGAGAUGGCAAUAGACAAUUGAAG